AUGACCUUCAACAGAGAGGAACAAAGACGCAAGCAAGAAGAAAAAGCGCGGAAGAAGGCCGAAGUUCGAAAGAGGCUCGAAGAAUCGACCAAAUCCAAAAAAUCGAAAAAAGGAGGUUUUAUGACACCGGAAAGGAAGAAAAAGCUACGAACUCUUUUGAGAAAAAAAGCAGCAGAAGAACUUAAAAGAGAACAAGAACGGAAAGCGGAAGAAAGGAAGAAAAUGAUAACAGAGAGAUGUGGACAACCCAAAGAUGUGGAAAAUGCAAAUGAAGCGACUUUGCAAGCUAUUUGUAAGGAGUAUUAUAAACGAAUUGCUCAAUUAGAAGAUGCGAAAUAUGAUUUAGAAUACGAAGUUAGCCAAAAAGAAUUUUUGAUAAAUGAGCUGACCAUUCAAGUGAAUGAUCUAAGAGGUAAAUUCGUGAAGCCUAAUUUGAAGAAAGUUUCAAAAUACGAAGGAAAGUUUGAAAAACUGAAAAUGAUUGCUAAAACAAGCGAGAUAGACUUCCGUGCAAAUCUGAAAAAUGUGAAAUCGAACAAAUUCAAGCUAGAAGGAGAAGAGGAGGGCAAAAAACAAGGCCCAGAAUGGGCUAAUAAAUAAUGCUGGAAACGACAAAGAAAGAGAAAGAAAGAAAGAGAGAGGAAAGAUAAGCUCUGGAGGAAAAAAUAACACUUCUAAGAGAAUACUUUAUAAAAAAGAAUAAUAAAGAAAUCAUUAAACAGUG